UAGGCCGUUCGACCACAGCCCGCAGCACUGGUACCUCUACUCGUCCUGCUUUCUGCCAUUAGUUCCUGCAUUCUCGCAGGAAUGCCGCUGCCGACAGCCUCGCUCAGCACUCAGCUGCUUGACAUAGAUGGGCAGAGAAUAAUUGGCAUUAACUACUCUCAGCUGAGAGCCUUGUGCCGAAUCAGCGGCCUGAGGGAUGGUGACAUCUCUGGGUCUUCUGAGGAGGCUCACGAAGAAUUUAUGAACUCCUACCAGAGAAUAUUCCUGAGGCCCAAAAAAACAAUGCCUGCGAUUCCACUGGGCCAAGUAGGCAACAUCAGCCAUGCUCCACAGAGGCCUAAAGCCAUAGAGAGCCAGACUUAUCAGAAAAGAAACAGGAGCCAGCCCCGGGGGAAACAGACUCAAGAGAUGCUCUUCAACCAUGCGAUCAAAGCCCUCAAGAAGAUUCCUAUAGAGAGAUCUCAGCAAGAUCUUCAAGCCAUCCAUAAAAUGCUGAAGAUGUUUCCCUGUCUUACCACCCAGCUGGCCAAACCAGAGCUACAUAAGGUCAGCUCUAUUGCCAUCAUCGAGACCUGGGACCGUGGCCAGAUUGUAUUUGGACACAAUGGAUUUUUCCUGAUAUUGAAGGGCUCAGUGAAACCAUAUACCCAUGAAGCCCCCAAAGAAGACCAGAAAACACCUGCAAUUGGUGUAGGAGGUAUCUUUGGGUCUUUUGAACCUCCGCAUUCUGAAGCCAAUAGCAUCAUAACGCAGUAUGCACUGACCCUGGAGCCCUGUGAAAUCCUCAAAAUCUCUCACUCUGGAUAUGCUAAGCUAAAGAAGGAGAUCUUGGCCCAAGAUUAUGCCAUGAAGGAGUCUUUAAUCCAGGGUUGCCAGUACUACCUUGACUGGCCCAAACUUUCUAUCGACCACCUGGCUAAACUCAUCCAGCUGAAGACUUUCCCUGCCAAUCAAGUGUUGGUGAAGGAAGGCAAGGUGUGUUCGUUUGUGGCCUACAUCCGUGAAGGCGAGUGCACCAUCCUCCAGGACAUCGGCUCCCUGAUCAAUCCUGCAAAAAAAAAGGGUGGAGGGAUCAAGUUUGUUGUGGUCGGGAAGCUUGGCUGCCUGGAGUCUUUCGGAGAGGUCAGCAUCCUGGAAGAGCAGCCUUCUCCCUGCACUAUUGUCACGGCCACAGAGGUGCAGGCUGGAAUCAUCCCACCAGAGGCCCUACGAGGCCUGGAUUCAGUGACCAUCUCUUUAAUGCUACAGACAGCGCAGCCCACAUGUGGAAAGAUAAGUCAGGAGGAGAUAAAUAAGAAGUAUAUGAGACAAGAGAAGAGCAAAGAGUGGGAUCACAUAAAGAAGCAAGUGCUGUCCGAUGCUCUAUUUUACAAUGGUAUUCAACAGGGGUGUGGCAAAUGGACAAUGAACAGAGGACCAAGAAAAACAGCUGACAAGUGCAAGCUCUCCAUGUUUCCCUUUUCAUAAGAUGCACACACACACACACACGUCUGAUGCUUUAAUGAUGAAGUAAAACUUUAAUUGGAACUCUUAGGCAUCCAAGUCUCCCAAACCUAAUUUGCUGCUUUUGGUGGACAUGACUUCCUGGAUCCCACAACGGACACUGACUAGCAUUUGUCAGCAAGAGACACUCUUUGUUUUGAGCCUGUAUUUUUGCUCCUUCCAGCUGUAUAAAAAACCCCCUGCAACUUCACUCUACACCAUUGUGAAAAAGACUGCCCCCCUUCUUGUGUCUUUUUCAAAAGCUUUUCAAACCAGAUGCAAUUAUUCUCAAUCAGCCAGCUUGCACCACAGUGCUUCCGUAAGGCUUGCCAGGGGGACUCGGAGGAUGGAAACAUAAUGUUGUAAUUAACCCACUUAGACUGACAGAACCGGACAGACCCUGUAUGCUCCUACUCAACUCAGUCAGGGCCCUUGUGUUUGAAGCCUGAGUCAAAACCUGUAGGAGGUCAGUUCAGAAGUCCACAAAGACCCAUCAUGCUGACUGACACCAUCUUCGUCACAUGGUCCCUCAAGUAGGAUUUUCAUCCUAUUGUUUCUCUUCCUGUCUGUGGUGCUUUUCUUUUGAAGGCUUUUUCAAUUGCCAUCGCAAGUCCCACAAACGGGCUUUCUUCCUUUGACAAAAGGGCAAAUAGCAUCUUUUCAUUUGUUAUUCAGACAGCUGAAUCUGUGUAUAACAGCAUUAGAGCCUGUGCAGCAUUCACAGAGACAAAACGCAGAUUUCACCUCCUCCUCAUGUCUCUGUCACUGCAUGUUCUGCAGAUAUGCAAAAUGUCUUCCAAACCAAAAUGUUAAUGGAUGAAAAGGCCAUUGACUAGAAGACGUCAAGGAAAACCAAGGGAACUUAAAUCACUGUAAAAUGGCUUGUUCUAUGUCUGGUCUAUAUGCUAUAAAACAUCAUGAUUUAGCCGUAAGGCUGGGCUGACCUUCAACAGUGCUUUGCCUCCACUUUAGCCUCCUCAGCUUUACGUGAGUAAAUCUGUAUGGAAACCUUUAGCCCAGAAUACAUUAGGUUUGUUUAAGUUAGGGAAACCUUCAGUGACCCCCUUAGUGGCUGGUUAGUCUCAGACCUCCUUAGGAAACAGCUCAAAAUUAGUCUUUUUUUGCCCUCAAAUGAUUCCCUUAAACUAUACUGACCUGCACAUUUAAUGUGGGAUUGUUUAAUGGUUGUUUUUUAUAUGUUAUUAUUUUUGUCUGCGUUUCUUUAAGGAAUUCCACAACCUGAAACGUCCAGAUUUCAACAUCAGAUAAAAUGUGAUAUUGGCUUUUAGCUUACUUCUGCAUGAGAUAUAGUGAUAAAAAAACAGUAUCACUUAAAAAAAAAUGAUACAUGGCUGAGAAUGCGCUUAAAGCCUUCCUCAUGGCUGGUGUAAUAGAGGAGGUGUACAGUAUUUGUUUGUGCAUGUGAGGUGAGAAAGGAAAUGACAAGGCCAUUUCCUGUGUUUGGAGGAGGCCAGGGGAGAGAGAGGUGUCAGUAGGUGCACUGCCAUUUUCACCUCAGGAUAUGAGGAGAGGAAAUAGAUGACGGGUCUUUAAAUAAAGGAUGAACUUCACAUGCCCUCUCUGCUGGACAUCAGGGCCUGCUCUACUUUCCAGCAUCAUUAAUUAGAAACAAAAUGAUGAUGACAUAAAACUUUGUGCUUGACAUAAAAGGGCUCCAUUUUAACUGGGUGAUACUGCAGCUUUUCACACUGGCUUCCCCUCAAAAAUUCAAUCAUAUUUAUUUUAAGCACAAAGAACAUUAUAGCCAUUGAGAACAGUGUCAAAAAGACCAGCACUAUACUCUUUAUAAUAGAGGAUUCUAAAUGGUUCCUGGCAUAAAUGUAUAGUUCUAUGAAAAAUGUUUGACUGAUAUAGAACAUUCAUGUUAUGUAAAGGUUCCUUGAAACCAUUCCUCAUUUUUGCACAGUUCAUUUACAGUUUGUUUCUUAAACCGAUCAACAGAAAGGCUCUUUGGGGAACC